UUUUUUCUCUUAAAAUUGAUCAAUAAAUUAUGUCUCGUGCACGUACUUCAGACGAUAUUUGUUUGCCUCUCCACAUUGGUUCUAAAGUAACAAUCAAAAAUUAUAACACCUUCCUUCACCAUUACGGAUCAAGUGGAUACAAGUUUCGGUUUAAUUUAAACAGUGACAAUACAACUGGCGAAGUGUAUAUAAUUGGUAUGACCUCAACCGCGCAUGAGGAUAUUAUUAUUCGACUUCAAGAAUUUUUUAAAGUUCCUAAUAAUGGCGUUGUUGAUGAUCCCCCAAUAAUAGUCACUGGUCAAGUUCUUCACUAUGUGCCUGGUGGAACUAGGGUUGAAACAGCUCCUGAUGCUUGUGUACUUCCAAGUGUGGCAUUUGUUCCAAAACCUGCCGCUUCCACUGUAAUACCUCGUCCUCCUGGUGAUAAAUGUGGAAAUCCACAUGCACGGAUAAUGUGUGAGGUAGCUGUAGGCCAAAGUGUUGGUGAAUUGGGACGAAAGUGCUUAUCUUGGAUGCGAGAGCCAUACGUCCGUGCUGUCAUUAACAUCAAGAUCUUAGAACCAAUACUAAACAUGCGAGAGCCCACAACCGGUUAUUAUUACAGAACAAUGACGGCCAAACUUUACCGUCAAGGAAUGCUAGUACAACGUUGGGAUUUUGGGAACAUUAAAAAAUAUUCAGGUGACCCUAUCACUGAUCCUCCCGGUUACAAUGCGCCAAACUUGGCAGCUUAUCAGAUAACUAUCAUCGGGAAAUAUUUAAUGUGCAAUUUAUGCAUAAAAAAAUCGCAAUAAAUGCACAAAA